CAGACAGUAGUAGUUCGCUGCGCUAUCCGUGAUAUACGACGAGUGAAUAUCGUGCGUCGCACAAAACCGUACGGCAAAAUCGUCCCGUCCCAUAUCUCUCGAUAUCGUUUACGCACAUUCGUUCUCCUUCUCGUCGCAGGGAAGAGAGGAGAUAGGGAGAAGGAUCUUCCGCGGAAUUUGCGGAGAAUUCGGCGAGUUUCUUCGGGCAUUCUCAACGAGGACGUGGGACUGUAGGCGGGCCGGGAAGAGGAAGGAGAGAUGAAAGGGAUGCUGGCACUGGCCGCACUGCUCGGCGUCCUGUCACUCUGCCGGGUGCAGGCGGUGUCAGAAAGGCUCGAAUUGGCACCAGCUGGCGGAAGAUCAGAGCCGCAGGUCGCUACCUUGUGCGAACCUGGCGAGGUGUACCUUGCUCAGCAUAUGGGAGAGCAGGGUCGAUGGGUCUCUUCGACCGAUAAGAAGAGCUGCAUGACGGAAAACCUCGAGAUCCUGGAAUACUGUAAGAAGGCUUAUCCGAAGAGAGAUAUCACCAACAUCGUCGAGUCGUCGCAUUAUGUAAGAGUCGGCGGUUGGUGCAAGCCCGGAAGAAACAAGUGCAAACUCUCGCGAUGGGUCAAACCUUACAGGUGUCUAGAGGGGCCCUUCCAGAGCGAUGCACUUCUCGUGCCGGAGGGCUGUCUCUUUGAUCAUCUUCAUAAUCAAACAAAAUGCUGGGAUUCUCACAGUUGGAACACCACGGCGGCGGAGACCUGUCGGGAGCGAAACAUGAACCUGCGUAGCUUCGCGAUGCUGCUGCCGUGCGGUAUAUCUCUGUUCUCCGGUGUGGAAUUUGUAUGCUGCCCGAAACACCUGAAAGAGAACGUGAAACUGAAGAAACCACCGAUCGAUUUGCCCAUCCCGAAGAGCAUGGAUGACGAUCUCGACGAGGACGAGGACGAUCUCGAUGAUGAAGAUGAUCUGGACACAGACACUGAGGACGAAGAUAAUUCUGACGGUGAUCUCGAUGAUGUGCUUAACGAUCAACCUGAUGAGGAUGAAAGCGAAGAGGAAUACGAUGAUCUCGACGAUUACGACACGACUACCAGUCGAUCAUCAACGACCGUUUCCACGACGGAGAAAGCCAAGCAGGAGGCUACGGCGAUGCCGCUGCCAGUCAGCACGAGCACGCAGCAGCCGUCUCAACCACAGGGUACGCCCGAUCCUUAUCUGACGCACUUCGAUCCACGAUCCGAGCAUCAGAGUUACAAGCAGGCUCAGAUGCGACUCGAGGAGGUACACAAGGAGAAAGUGACGAAAGUGAUGAAGGAUUGGAGUGACCUCGAGGAGAGAUAUCAGGACAUCAGGGCCCACGAUCCCGUCGCCGCGGAUGCUUUCAAGCGUUGGAUGACGGCGCGAUUCCAAGAGACAGUCGCUGCGCUCGAGGAGAGCGGCGCCGCCGAGAAGCAUCAGUUAAGCGCGAUGCAUCAACAGAGAGUGCAAGAGGCUGUUAAACAGAGAAACGAAGAAGCCAUGGCAUGUUAUACGGCGGCACUUAACGAAACGCCACCGAAUAUGCACCGUAUUCAAAAAUGCUUGCAAAAGUUACUCAGAGCCCUUCACAAAGACAGGCAUCAUACAAUCACUCAUUACAAGCAUCUUCUCGACAGCAGCUUAGAACAAGCGCAACGAGAGAAACCGGCAACUUUGGAACAUCUGGAGGAAAUCGAUAGGAUUACCAAUCAGAGCCGCUUGAUGUUGGAACGAUAUCCAGAUCUAAGCGCGAAGAUUGGCCGUCUCAUGGACGAUUACGUUUUGGCCCUCAGGAGUAAAGACGAAACUCCGGGAUUGCUGUUGGCGAUGACGCGGGAAGCGGAGGCAGCCAUUCUAGACAAGUACCAGGCUGAUGUUGCCAGCAAGCAGCAAGAGAAGGAACAUCAGAAGCAGCUCGAGCGAGCGCGCAAAGAGCAACGUAAGGCAGAGCGCGGCGAGCUGCGCACAGAGCAGGAACAACAUGAAGAAAACGACUCGGCAAUUAAUACCAAGGAUAUUCCUCAGCAGUCAGAGCAAACCGUCGCGGUCGCUGCCAUGCAUAACGAGGGAGUAGUCAGAGCAGCUCACAGCAUGACUCAUGAUGUCUCUCAUUCUGAGCCGGGUUAUUCUGUAAGACGAGAGGUAUAUCACAGAGAAAGUCGAUCUGUCUACUUUACACUCGCAUUCGCUGGCAUAGCACUUAUGGCGGCUGCAGUUGUGGGCGUCGCAGUAUUUAAGAGACGCAGUGCGAGAAGUCCUCAUAGCCAGGGUUUCAUUGAAGUCGAUCAAGCAGCUACGCCGGAAGAACGGCAUGUCGCGAAUAUGCAGAUCAACGGUUACGAGAAUCCUACAUACAAAUAUUUCGAGGUGAAGGAAUAAUUCGGUCGUCACCUCACAGUUUUCAUUUCUGAAGCUGGUCGCAAUCGCGUAUUCGUUCUCGCGUAUUUCCUUCAAGAAUCUCAUAAUAUUUUGUUAGAGUAAGAUAUAUAAAUAACAUGUAUAUCUCUAACCCCCGCGAGAUUCUUCCGAAGAUCCGGAACAUGUAUAUUUCCCGGAGAUGCGCUAAUUCAGAAAACGCGUUUCUUAAUUGGCAGAUCGCGCUUGCGACGAGACAUUGCGCGUAUAUCGCGUCCACUUGUUACACAUCCUGGCUUUACGCCGCGGUGUAAAUCGAUUUUCGCAAAGAAUUGACAAUAUCUGUAAAAUAAAGUUUGUAGCAGGGAUACACGCUGGAUGGGAACGAAACGGAUUCUACGGGAGAUAAAAUGACGUAGAAUUUACACUUAUGUGCCAUACGAACACGAGUGUUACACGCUAUCUUCGGAAGUAUCUCAUGCACAUAUUGUUUUCACAUUACGUUGUCAUAGACAUGUUGGUAUAAAAACGCAGGAAGGAGCGCUCGUAUUGUGUAAAAGUAGAAAACGUCAUUUUUAGACUUACCUCGAUGUUCCUCCGCCUCUACACGUUGUACACUCGAAUCAGAAGCUCCGUGGAUCCGACAUUGAUCGUAACUGAUCACUCUCAUUCCUUGGGGACGAACGUUCGAAUGACGAUAGAACGUGCGUUUACAUGGACAAUGUAAACGUCGGUAAACGUGUUGUCGUUGCGCUCUUUGCUGUAUUUUUAGGUUCUGAUAUUUUCGGAGAUAAUCAAAAUGGCAAUAAAACAUAAUGCAGCUUAAGCACUACACGAAAAAAAGCGAUAGCGUUUGUAGUAGCUUGUCACUGGGAGCAGCAUAUAGACAUAAAUACUCCGAUUAAUCGCGUAAUCAUUAACGUUAUGCUAAAAUAAUCAAGCGCGAGCGAGCUACGCGGCACUCUUAAAAUAUCAGAACACAUGCCCCAUGUUAUCGUUGCACGUUUCACUCUUACCUUCGUGAUGCAGCUGUUUCAUUCUCUCUGUCUCCGUUCGAUUCCCACUGCCUCGUUUUCUCUCAGUGACCUUUUUCAGUACUUAACGUCUACUUUUAGAUGAUAAAAAACCUUAAGAUGUAAGGAAAUUAAGUAUCAUUGAUAUCUUAAAAUUAAUGACGAUGAUGAGGAAACAAGUUCUAUCAUUCCACGCGAAAAUCCAUUGUUUUGUCGAGGUGCUGAGAACGCUAGCAUGGAGAAUAUUCGGCAGCUUCAUUCGAUCUUGCCGAUGAGAAACGACGAUUGUCGCAUCGGACAGAUCAUGCCGAUGCUGCCGAAUAAGAGGAACAGUUCAACCGGAGAUCAUUUUUGAGUGGCAGUACCUCUGACUAUGUUAGGUCGAAAAAGAAAAAGAGUAUGGCAGCUGUUGAGGUAAGCGUUUCUCUUUCGUUUCCGCGUUUUGCGUUCUUGGGAAAAAAAGGGAAAAAAGAUCGUUAACACAAUAACUAUCUUAGGAUAUAUUACUAAUUAUAUAUGACGCGCGAGACGACGAUGAUGAUAUAAUAUAUAUUACACGUUUAAUGCUUAUAUAUUUGUAUAUGGUCAAACGAAAAAAAAUGGUAGUAGCCCGCACUUUAGCGCCAGGGUCGCGUGGGGAGAAGAAAGCACAUGCAGUUCUUGAUUUUUUUUCUUCACCACGUUAGAUGGUUACGCGCUUUCGUCGAACUUAUUUGAUAAAGAAGAGCUUGCGAUGCGAUGCGGUGCAUUCAACGCCGGCGCAUGCAGAUGCGCUGCCAUAAUCUACAGAGCCAUUACCGUCCACUAGUGGUUGUGGUAAUGUGGUAACAUGUAAUCACACACACCACAGAAGUCUUAAAGACAUCUAAAAAAUAUGUAAUAAAAAGUCGUCUUUAUGAUGUCUGAGAGAUUAAGAUAUCUCUAUGUGGUAUAUGAAAGAUUGCAAUGUAUUUUUAAACGUCUAAGAGAUUAGAACGUUUUUUUUUUUUUUUUUCUUUUUAGUUGUCUUUAUGACGUCUAUCCUAUGGCGGGGGGACGAUAAGAGCGUAAGCAUCGCUAUCGUUAAUGUACCGUAUUGUACCUUGAGGCAUUCGGGUUGGUCGAUCGCCCCAACGUAUAUCGAUAUAUCCAAUAAUAUAAAGAACGGAUUCAUCUCGGCGGCGCACGAUAAUUAUUAUUAUCUUGGUAAAUAGUAAUUAAAAGUCGCGUUCUGUAUUCUGUAUUCUGAAACGCCCCACACGAAUAUCCAUGCAUAAGUACAUACAUUCCUGAUUACGUGCUAAGAUAAUCCUCUCCUUUAAUUGUGCUCACUUUACUAUUAUAAUUGUGUCGCAUGACACACACGAUAAUCGACCGCGAUCAGAGGGCGAUUAAAAAAGAAAGAAAUCCUUUAGAUAUAUUCCUAAGCGCACUUGUGAAGCAGCUGCCUUUCUCCUAUCUAUCUAACGCGAAUCACGUGCACACAUAGCGACCGUUUGUCUUCACGCAACUCCGGUGGAAAAGAGUGUGUAUAAUCGACAAGAUGCUAGACACAGACACACACAUAAACAAUACACAUCGCUGAAUGUUAAAAAUAUUAUUUUAGAUAUAUUAUAAGACGAUAGCAAUUAUACCAGUGAAUGUACUAUGACUAUAUGAAUAACAGAUAGCAUCAAUGCGUUAACAAUAAUGAUAUAAAAUAUCAGUUAUAUAUGUAUAUGUGUGUGUGUGUGCGACGUAUGAAUAAUAUAUAGAUAUAUAUAUAUAUAUACAAAAAUAUAUAUAUGAAAAUAUACACAUGCAUAUACAUGUAUACAUAUUAAAUUAAAUAUUAUGUACCUAUAGCGCGUAUAUAGUCGUUAAACAACACAUUGACAACAUCGCAUAUAAAAGAACCUUGAUACGGAUUCACAGAUGCUGAAGAACCUUUCUUAAAAACGAUUGUACUUAUUAUUUUUCUAAGAGUCUCACACAAAGUUAGAGCCUCUGCUCUCGCAUAGAAAGAUGGUUUGCGAUUAGCCGGUAUUGGGACUGAUUUGAUCGCGUAUAUAUAUAUAUAUAUAUAUUGUUCAUCAAAUUCACGCGAUUGAGCGUAAAGCAAGCAGCAAGAUUUGGCACAUUAUAUCGCGUAUAUAAGUAUGUAAAUCUCGAGACUUGCCGACCCGAGGAUAUUACGCCGUACGCAGGCAACAACGGUCCAAUGUUCUCUCCGAUGACUUUCGUAGAAGAUAUCGGGGUGGUAUCAGUAGUAGCCAGUAGUCGGAGCAUAUCAUGUUUCGGUGAUUCAGUUGUGGCGGGAAAGGAAAGAAAAAGGAAAGAUGGAGGAAAAAAAGUGUGCGCUUCAAGAUACUGUGAAUUUGCAUCGGGCCAUCUCCGUAUAUAGAAGUUUAAGAAUUGAUUUUUGUAAAGAGGUAAUAAGUAUAUAUAUAUAUUAUAUAUAUUAUAUCGAGGUAAUUGAAUUAAGCUUAAAAUGUGAGAUGUGAGGAAAAGGAGAAGAAGAAGAAGAAGAAGAAAAAUAUACGUCCUUCAAGCCGCAGUCCAGAGAUUAGCAAGUCCAGAGAUGGAGAAAGAGUAUAAUAAUGAGAUUAUAAAACACUAGAUUUUAUUUUUACAGUUCUUUCGGUAUUUCCCUGCCGUCAUUCUAUCUUUGAUAAUUAUCGAGCAGCGCGAAUUACUGAUUCUGUUUCCGCGUUGCAAGAAAUAAUUUGAUGCAUAAAGUCUGUUAUAUUAUCAUAUUUUUUCCAUCUCGUAUGUAAAAGGCUUAAUAAUACGCGUAUUAUUUACAUAUAAAUAUAAUGCAGAUGUGAUGAGAAUCUAUCUAUGCGUGGCGCAAAGAUAAUCCCAAUUGGUCUUAAAAAGAUAUUUUUUUCAUAGUAAUGAAAAUUGGAAUUCUGAAGAAUACUACUAAUAAUUGUGCACGCGAAAGAGAUUUUGUUUUUCUCUUCUGUGAACAAUGGCAAUCUUCGUAACGGAAACGAUUCAAAUAGAUUAAUUAUAGCAAUUAUAAAGUAAGAUUGCUAUAAACAAUUAUUCCCUGAAAGAUUUAUUGCGUCUUGUACUGUUGGAAUUUUAAUCACAUAAUUAUAUCGAGAACUUCGCGCACAAAGAACGGCUUUAUACUUUUUUUUUAAAUACAUAAAUUAACCCAUAUACUUUAUAUGUGCAGUGAUUGAAAGGCUCAAGAGUGUGAGGCAAUUCCAUAGGAUUCAUAAGAAAUCUUAUUUCAUCAGAUUUUCUUUUCAUAUUUAUAUGAAAUUUAUAUGACUACUUAUAUGUUAUAAAUUCCGCAAUUUUUUUGCACUGAAACCUUCAAUCUUCUCUUUUAUUUUACUAAUAAUUGCGAUUGAAUGAAAAUGCCAUGAUUCGCCGUUGUUCACGAAAAAUACAAGGGCCAGUGUCGAAAGACUAAAGAAACAAAUUCUCCUCGUCCCUCUUUCUCCUUCGCAGGUGUUUCUCCUCGCCGCUCACAAGUUUUAACGCAUUAUUACACCCCAUUGAAAAGAACGUAUUGUGUUUGUGGAUAAAUGUAAUUUUACUUAUCAAUAAAAAUAAAUUAUAAAGAA